CCUCGCCGGGCCGUUACUUCAGCAGAGAAGAGGGCGAGCGGGAGCGAGGCGAGGCUCCCGAGUCCCCGGCGACCCCGGCUCCCCAGCCCUCCUCCCCCUCUGCGCUCCCGCCCGGGGCGGCAGCCGCUAGCCGGCACACCUAGAUGCCGGUGAUUGCCUACUCUUAGGUCCUUCACGUUCUUUUGUCCUCAGAUGCGCAGAUGCAGUUGAUUCCUUCUUUCAGCAGGUUAUUUGAGUUCUGUUUUAGUUGCUGUUUAAAAUCAUUAUAGAGAAGAACACUGACCUUUGGGGGAAAAAAAAAUGUUAGAAACUAUAGACAAAAACCGAGCCCUGCAGGCAGCAGAGCGCUUGCAAGCCAAGCUGCGAGAACGUGGAGAUGGAGCCAAUGAAGACAAAUUGAACCUUCUCAAGUCAGUCUUGCAGAGCCCGCUCUUCAGUCAGAUUCUGAACCUUCAGGCUUCUGUACAGCAGCUGAAAGACCAGGUAAACACUACAGCAUCGGCAAUUUCAAAUGUUGAAUAUGCUCACAUUCCAAAUCUCAGCCCAGCUGUAAUUCCUCCUCUGCAAAAUGAAUUGUUCUUAUCAUCUUCAAAUAAUGGGAAUUUGGAAGCAUUUAUAGGAUCUGGUACUAUACAUGUCAAUGGGAAACCUGCUUGUGAUGAAUUUGAUCAACUAAUCAAAAAUAUGGCCCAGGGUCGCCAUGUAGAAGUUUUUGAGCUCCUCAAACCUCCAUGUGGAGGCCUUGGGUUUAGUGUUGUGGGACUCAGGAGCGAAAACCGGGGUGAACUGGGAAUAUUCGUGCAGGAGAUCCAAGAGGGCAGUGUGGCCCACAGAGAUGGAAGAUUGAAGGAAACCGAUCAGAUCCUUGCUAUCAAUGGACAGGCACUUGAUCAGACAAUUACACAUCAGCAGGCUAUCAGCAUCCUGCAGAAAGCCAAGGAUAAUGUCCAGCUAGUUAUUGCCAGAGGCUCAUUGCCUCAACUCAUCAGCCCCAUAGUGUCCCGGUCUCCAUCUGCAGCCAGCACAAUUUCAGCUCACUCUAACCCGGUUCACUGGCAGCACGUGGAGACUAUUGAACUGGUGAAUGAUGGAUCUGGACUAGGAUUUGGCAUCGUUGGAGGAAAAGCAACUGGAGUAAUAGUAAAAACCAUUCUGCCUGGAGGAGUAGCUGACCAGCAUGGGCGACUGUGCAGUGGAGACCACAUUCUAAAGAUUGGUGACACGGAUCUAGCAGGAAUGAGCAGUGAGCAAGUAGCACAAGUGCUCAGGCAGUGUGGAAACAGGGUUAAAUUGAUGAUUGCAAGAGGUGCCAUUGAAGAACCAGCAGCACCCACCUCUUUGGGCAUCACCCUCUCCUCAUCCCCAUCUUCUACACCAGAAAUGCGGGUUGAUGCUUCUACUCAGAAAAGUGAAGAAAGUGAGACAUUUGAUGUAGAACUCACUAAAAAUGUCCAAGGAUUAGGAAUUACCAUUGCUGGUUACAUUGGAGAUAAAAAAUUAGAACCUUCAGGAAUCUUUGUAAAGAGCAUUACAAAGAGCAGUGCUGUUGAACAUGAUGGAAGAAUUCAAAUUGGAGACCAAAUUAUAGCAGUAGAUGGCACAAACCUUCAGGGUUUUACCAAUCAACAAGCAGUAGAGGUGUUGCGACACACAGGACCAACCGUGCACCUGACGCUAAUGAGGAGAGGAGCGAAGCAGGAGGCUGAGCUUGCGUCAAGGGAGGAUGUCACGAAGGAUGCAGUUUUGUCUCCCGUGAAUGCUGGCGGAAGCAAAGAAAAUUAUGAAAAAGAUGAAGAGUCUUCAUCUUUGAGUAGAAACACCAGCAUAUUACCCGUUGAAGAAGAAGGAUAUCCGUUAUUGUCAGCAGACAUAGAAGACACAGAAGAUGCACAGCAACAGGAAGCUGCCCUGCUGACAAAGUGGCAAAGGAUUAUGGGGAUUAAUUAUGAAAUAGUGGUGGCCCAUGUGAGCAAGUUCAGUGAGAACAGUGGGUUGGGGAUAAGUCUGGAAGCAACAGUGGGACAUCAUUUUAUUCGCUCUGUUCUACCAGAAGGUCCUGUUGGACACAGUGGGAAGCUUUUCAGUGGAGAUGAGCUGUUGGAAGUGAAUGGCAUAACUUUGCUUGGGGAAAGUCACCAAGAUGUGGUGACUAUUUUAAAAGAACUGCCAAUAGAAGUGACAAUGGUGUGCUGUCGACGAACUGUGCCUCCUACCAGCCAGACAGGGUUGGAUAGCCUGGACUUAUGUGACAUUGAGCUGACAGAAAAGCCUCAUGUAGAUCUAGGGGAGUUCACUGGGUCCUCGGAGACUGAGGAUCCUGUGCUGGCGAUGACCGACGACGUGGGUCAGAAUGCAGAGGAGGUUCAAGGACCUUUGGCCAUGUGGGAGGCUGAUGUGCAGCAUAUCGAGCUGCAGAAAGGGAACAAAGGACUUGGUUUUAGCAUUUUAGAUUAUCAGGAUCCCAUUGAUCCAGCGAGCACUGUGAUCGUGAUUCGUUCGUUGGUGCCUGGUGGCAUUGCCGAAAAGGACGGUCGGCUUCUUCCUGGAGAUCGCCUCAUGUUUGUCAAUGAUGUUAACCUGGAAAACAGCAGUCUGGAGGAGGCCGUGCAGGCUUUGAAGGGCGCGCCAGCGGGAACUGUGAGAAUAGGAGUUGCUAAACCAUUACCCCUUUCACCAGAAGAAGGGUAUGUUUCUUCUAAGGAGGAUUCCUUUCUCCACCCACCACACUCUUGCGAGGAGGAAGGGCUGGCUGACAGAGCUGUCUUCAGGGCUGACUUGGCUCUGGUGGACACAAAUGAGGCUGACUUAGCAGAUGAAUCUACAUUUGAGUCUCAGUACUCUCCUGAUAAUGACAGUAUCUACUCCACUCAAGCCUCUCUUUUAUCUCUUCAUGGCAGCGCUGGUAGCGAUGGCCUGAACUAUGGUACCUCCCUUCCAUCUUCUCCUCCCAAGGAUAUUACUGAAAGUUCUUCAGAUCCAGUAUUUGAUCUGCACAUGUCCUUGGAGGAACUGUACACCCAGAAUCUCUUGCAAAGACAGGAUGAGAGUCUGUCUUCAGCAGACUUGAGCAUGGGUCCUGCCUCUGGCUUUACUGCAAAUGAUUAUACACCUGCAAAUGCUACUGAACAGCAAUACAAAUGUGAAAACACAAGAACGUGGGCUGACUCUCACCCACCAAAUGAAAUGAUAUCAAGUGCAGAACGUCCUUCUCCUGUGCUACCUGAUUCAGCGGGAAAGGGCUCCGAGUUCUUAAUUCAACAGAGCUCCCUGACCUCGACUGCAGAGUGUGUCAUGCUUCAAAACCUGUCUGAAGAAUCGUUUGAGAGGACUAUUACUAUAGCAAAAGGCAAUUCUAGCCUAGGGAUGACAGUAAGUGCUAAUAAAGAUGGCUUGGGGAUGAUUGUUCGAAGCAUUAUUCAUGGAGGUUCCAUUAGUCGAGAUGGCCGGAUUGCUGUUGGGGAUUGCAUCUUAUCUAUUAAUGAAGAAUCUACUAUCAGUUUAACUAAUGCCCAGGCACGAGCGAUGUUGAGAAGACACUCUCUCAUUGGGCCUGACAUAAAAAUUACUUAUGUGCCUGCAGAACGUUUGGAAGAGUUCAAAAUAAGUUUGGGGCCACAAUCUGGAGGAAUAAUGGCUCUGGAUAUUUUUUCUUCGUACUCUGGCAGAGACAUUCCAGAACUACCAGAGCGGGAAGAAGGAGAGGGAGAAGAAAGUGAGCUUCAAAAUGCAGCAUAUAGUAAUUGGAACCAGCCCAGGCGGGUUGAACUUUGGAGAGAACCAAGUAAAUCUUUGGGUAUCAGCAUUGUUGGUGGAAGAGGCAUGGGAAGUCGUCUAAGCAAUGGUGAAGUGAUGAGGGGCAUUUUCAUCAAACAUGUUCUUGAAGAUAGUCCAGCUGGCAAAAAUGGAACCUUGAAACCUGGAGAUAGAAUAGUAGAGGUGGAUGGGAUGGACCUCAGAGAUGCAAGCCAUGAGCAAGCUGUGGAAGCCAUUCGGAAAGCAGGCAACCCUGUAGUCUUUAUGGUACAGAGCAUUAUAAACAGACCAAGGAAAUCCCCUUUGUCUUCCUUGCCGCACAACCUUUACCCUAAGUACAACUUCAGCAGCACUAACCCAUUUGCUGAUUCUCUACAGUUCAACGCCGACAAGGCACCCAGUCAGUCCGAAUCUGAGCCAGAAAAGGCUCCUUUGUGCAAUGUGCCUCCGCCCCUUUCUUCAGCAUUUGCAGAAAUGAGCAGUGAUAAUACACAGUCAUCUGCCGGCAAACUCUCCGAAGACGUGGACAAAGAGGAUGAGUUUGGUUACAGCUGGAAAAAUAUCAGAGAGCGUUACGGAACCCUAGCAGGAGAGCUACACAUGAUUGAACUAGAGAAAGGUCGUAGUGGUUUGGGUCUCAGUCUGGCUGGGAACAAAGACCGAUCCAGGAUGAGUGUCUUUGUGGUGGGGAUUGACCCAAAUGGAGCAGCUGGCAAAGACGGUCGACUGCAGACUGCAGAUGAGCUUCUGGAGAUCAAUGGUCAAAUUUUAUAUGGAAGAAGUCAUCAGAAUGCUUCUUCAAUCAUUAAAUGUGCUCCUUCUAAAGUAAAAAUAGUUUUUAUCAGAAAUAAAGAUGCAGUGAGUCAGAUGGCUGUAUGUCUUGGAAAUACAGUAGAACCUUUGCCUUCUACCUCAGAGCAGUCUCAGAAUAAGGAGCCUGAGCCAAGUGGUGCUACUUCCGAUGCAGCUGUGGACCUCUGUUCACUUAAAAAUGUGCAACAUCUGGAGCUUCCCAAGGACCAAGAAGGCUUGGGCAUUGCCAUCAGUGAGGAAGACACACUUAGUGGAGUCAUCAUAAAGAGUCUAACCGAGCAUGGGGUGGCAGCCAAGGAUGGACGGCUCAAAAUUGGAGAUAAGAUUUUGGCUGUAGACGAUGAAGUCGUUGUUGGCUAUCCUGUUGAAAAGUUUAUUAGUCUUUUGAAAACAGCAAAGACAACAGUGAAACUUAGCAUUUGUGCUGAGAAUCGUGACCCCCAGACUGUGGCUUCGGCGGCUGGUACGGCCAGUGGAGAACAGAAAAGCAGCUCCUUGUCUCCAAUGGCACCAUCUUCUGGCUCCCCGGAACCAGAGUCCAUCCCAAGUACAAGCAGGUCAUCAACACCAGCGAUCUUUGCUUCUGAUCCUGCAACCUGCCCCAUUAUCCCAGGCUGCGAAACAACCAUUGAGAUUUCCAAAGGGCGAACAGGGCUGGGCCUGAGCAUCGUUGGAGGGUCAGACACUCUGCUGGGCGCCAUUAUUAUCCAUGAAGUUUAUGAAGAAGGAGCAGCUUGUAAAGAUGGAAGACUCUGGGCUGGAGAUCAGAUUCUAGAGGUGAAUGGGAUUGACUUGAGAAAGGCCACACAUGAUGAAGCAAUUAAUGUCCUGAGACAGACCCCGCAAAGAGUGCGGCUGACGCUCUACAGAGAGGAGGCUCCAUACAAAGAGGAAGAUGUGUAUGACACUCUCACUGUCGAGCUACAGAAGAAGCCAGGGAAAGGCCUGGGAUUAAGUAUUGUUGGGAAGAGAAAUGAUACUGGAGUAUUUGUGUCAGACAUCGUCAAAGGCGGGAUUGCCGAUGCAGAUGGAAGACUGGUGCAGGGAGACCAGAUACUGACGGUGAAUGGAGAGGACGUCCGUAACGCCACCCAGGAGGCUGUGGCUGCUUUGCUAAAGUGUUCCCUAGGCACAGUGACCUUGGAAGUUGGAAGAAUCAAAGCCGGUCCAUUUCAUUCAGAGAGGAGGCCUUCUCAAAGCAGCCAGAUGAGUGAAGGCAGCCUGUCGUCAUUCACUUUCCCGCUUUCCGGAUCCAGCACUUCUGAGUCCCUAGAAAGUAGCUUGAAGAAGAAUGCACUGGCAUCUGAAAUACAGGGAUUAAGAACAGUUGAAAUAAAAAAGGGGCCUACUGACUCAUUGGGAAUCAGCAUUGCUGGAGGAGUGGGCAGCCCACUUGGGGAUGUUCCUAUAUUUAUUGCAAUGAUGCACCCGAAUGGAGUUGCAGCUCAGACCCAGAAACUCAGAGUUGGGGACCGGAUUGUCACUAUCUGCGGCACUUCCACGGAGGGGAUGACUCACACCCAAGCAGUUAACUUACUGAAAAAUGCCUCUGGCUCCAUUGAAAUGCAGGUAGUCGCUGGAGGAGAUGUGAGUGUGGUCACAGGUCAUCAGCAGGAGCCGGCUAGUUCUGGUCUUUCUUUCACUAGGCUGACGUCAAGCAGCAUAUUUCAGGAGGAUUUAGGACCUCCUCAGUGUAAAUCUAUUACACUAGAUCGAGGACCAGAUGGCUUAGGCUUCAGCAUAGUAGGAGGAUAUGGAAGCCCUCAUGGAGACUUACCCAUUUAUGUUAAAACAGUGUUUGCGAAGGGAGCAGCCUCUGAAGACGGGCGUCUCAAAAGGGGUGAUCAGAUCAUUGCUGUCAAUGGGCAGAGUCUGGAAGGGGUGACCCACGAAGAAGCUGUGGCCAUCCUUAAGCGGACGAAGGGAACUGUCACUUUAAUGGUUCUCUCCUGAAUUUACUGCAGAGUGGGGCUAACUUGACCCCCUGCUCUGUCCCACACUGUGAAGGGAACGGAACUGAUCUCGUGGAUGACUUUCCCUGUGCCAUCUUCUUCAAGCUCUUCAGAACUCUAGGAGGGGGGUGAAGUACCACUUAAGUUUGUUUUUCUCAUGUGGAAAUGAUUUUCUUGCAACCUAGCAUCAUUUUUCCUUUCUCCUUGGAUUUUGUGAACAUAAACUCAAAGGGAAGGACUGUGUGUGUAGGUAAGCCCUGUCCUUUGUAAAGAUGUCUGACAUUCAGCCGUCACGUGUGCAGAAAUUACGAUGUGCUGAACAUGUGUUCAUAGAGAACAUGUGUUUAUAGAGAAAGAAGAAAAUAAUUCCAAACUGAAUGUAAGAGAAAUGGCUUUAGUAAAUUAGGGUGAGAAUAAAAAUAUAAAAUAAAGAAAAUCUCAAAUUUUAUUUAAAAAAUACUUCAUUUUAUCAGUAACUCCUCUCCCAAUUUCUAACUAGAAAACAGUUAUCUCUAUUAGAAAUCCUAAAAAAUACUCUCAGUAUUUACAGUAUUUGACUAUUAUAAAACAUUGCAUCUCCUACCUUUAAUAUACACAUAUGUAUUUAAUUCCUAAAGUGGGUUCCUAAGAUUGAGUAAAUAGCGAUUAUAUGUAACAGUGUCCUAAGUUGAUAAAGAACACAGCUUAUGCAAAUCUCGAUGUUCAUUUUUAUUUUUGACCUGUUAUAAAAUAUUUCCAUGUUUCUGUAACUAAGAUGGUGAUGCCACCCACUACUGACUAUAGUUUCUCUAGAAAGCAGCCGUGCUAGCCAUGGAGGAACAUGGAAGUCUCUCAGAAUCCUUAACGCUGGUUUAAACUGAUGCAACACUAAAAAUGCACGCUGUGCAAUUGGUCUUCAGUUACUAUUAAUCUUAAUGACAGAGAAAAAAGCAACGUGUUAGUAAUUAUUUUGGUUGUGUGCCAUUAGUAAAUUGAUAGAAAAAUUAAGGGGAUUAACAUAACUUCAUUUCAUUGCCUUAUAUUAACAUCUUAUAAUACAAUAGUUUAAGACUAAGGGAAACAGAUGGAGCUGUUUAUUGAGACAACUGGUGAGGAAUUAUCAUGUGUUCAUUCCCAUUUUAGAGCGUGAAACUCCUACAUUAGAAUAUAUAAAGUCACUUUAAAUAUUAUCUAUAUUUGUAACAGAAGUAGUGUACAGAUAUUUUAUUAUAGCACUUUUGUGUAAAUGGAGAACUGAAGUGAAUAAAUAACAAGUUUCAUGGUGCACAAAUAAAGAAA